AUGCACGCAUCGCCUUCUCUCAAGGCCGCCGGCGCCCUGGCGGCCGCCCUGCUGCUCGGCACCGCCUCCGCCGCGCCCCGGAUCGCCGUCCCGACGCUGGCCCCUCGCGCCGACCCGACGGACCUCUGGGUCACCGUCGACGAGUCCGGCAAGCCCGUGACGGUGACGCCCGUGCUGACGACCAUCAGCGGCACGCCGACCGUCGUCUCGGCCGCGCCCCACGAGAUCACGGGCACCGUCUUCACGCAGACGGACAACGGCAACGUCCGCACCUCGACGGGCGACGCGCCCCCGCCCGAGGCCACGGGCAAGGACGGCAGCGGCGUGUUCCCCGUCUGCAAGAACGUCGACGGCGCCAACGCGCCCUUCUGCCAGCCCGAGAAGGGCGACACGCUGACGCCCGGCAAGACGUACUAUGUCACCUGGGACCCCAAGUUCUUCAACGGCACAAACACCACCGUCGUCGUCACCGGCUCCUACAUCAACGACACCACGGGCGCCAUCCUCAGCCAGGCCUUCUCGUCGGACAAGAUGGCCGCCGGCUGGGGCUUCUACGCCUGGUCCGUCGACAAGGCCAUCAUGCAAGGCGGGAACCCGACCAACGUGACCCUCGUCAUCAACGCCCUGUCCCCCGGGUCCCAGGCCAUGAACCCCUUCGCGGGCCCCACGGUGCGCGUCGCCAACCCGGAGCCCUACCGGCAGCCGCCGCCCAAGGCGCCCACGGGCCCGGCCCUGUACAUCGGCCUGCCCACGAUCCUCGGCUUCGUCGCGCUGUGCCUCAUCGGCACGUGCAUCUGGAACCGCAAGACGCGCCGCAUCAGCCUGGGCAACAUCAUGAGCCGCAGCCGCCACGGCUACGGCGCCGGCAAGUCGCGCGCCCAGCGCCUCGGCCUCCGCUCCAACCGCAAGAACAACAACAAGGACCAGUCGAUCCACCUGAUGGAGCGCGAGGUCGGCAACGGCAACGGCAGCGGCGGCCCGCGCUACCGCGACGAGGACAUGCACGCCGCCCCGGCCCAGCAUGAUGAUUGGGACCUGCCGCGGCGCGACAGCGACGCGCUGGGCAGCCUGGCCGGCACGCCGACCGAGGACCGCCACAUGGACUUCCGCCGGCCGGGCGCCGGGGCGGCGGCGGCGGCACCGCAGAUCCCCGCGCAGAACACGGGGAAUGCGUUCCGCGACGAGAUGAACCGGCAGCAGAGGGAGCGGGAGUAA